ACCGUAUUCAGGUGGUCAGGUAUCUCAAGGCCAUGAAAAGAAACCAACUCUUACACCGCGUUCGCAUCGAGGUCAAAAGCUUGAAGACAGCAUCAUGAAACCAACUACCGCUCCCCUCCGUAAAAAAGUCGUGCACUCGGUUGACACGUCCUUUUCCUCAGUCGAAUGGCCUUCAAUAUCCGAACAAGACCAAGACGCUAUACUGGAGCUAAUCAUCAGUCUCCUUGCGCCUCUUGGUCACCAUCGCAGAACUGCACAAGCAUCCAAGGGCAAGCGGGAUACGAAGCGCAAACGCGACUCCGCAUUGGCGACAUCAGAUUCCUUGUCAAAGCCUCCAGCCCCUGAAAUAGCAUCUUUUGUCGAUAUUGGCUUAUCUGCCAUCACGCGGAUUUUACAAGAACAUGUUUCUCAAAAUGUCGAUUCGGUUGACGCAACAAAGUCACCUUAUGCCCUGAUCUUCGUAGCUCGUUCAGGGCAAGCAUCGGCUUUCAACAGUCAUUAUCCGCAGCUCGUGGCCGUCGCCUCACAGUCCUCGUCAUCCAACCACUCGAUCAGGCUGGUCGGGUACUCAAAGCCAUGCGCGCCAGCUCUUAGUGCAAGUCUAGGAAUUCCUAGGGUUUCGUCUGUGGGAAUACGCCACGGAGCUCCUCUAUCCAAGCCUCUCAUCGACUUCGUCCAAGGCUGUGUUCCUCCUAUCACCAUCCCGUGGUUAAGCGAAGCCGAGAUUGGACAGUACCGUCACACACGUCUCAUAUCUGAAGAGAAACCGGUGCCCAGUAAGCAAGCAACAUCAACAGCACCAUAGGCGACAAGAAAAAUCAUCUGCGGCAGGUCUGUAGACUUGGUCAAUGCAUUAGGAUCAAUGAUUUUCAAUUUCCUUUUGACAAGCAACUACCUUGCCUUACUCCAGUAUAAAUAAUCAGAAUCUGAGCCCAAGACCGCCUCGAGAGACCGACUUACAAUCACGACCGUGUGUCACAUUCAUCUUGAACUCUCACGGCAUGAUUCCAAUCUUCUUCCAUCGUGCUUGAAGAGGUACAUGCGAGGCCAUUUACAAAGGCUCGGGAAUAGAGAAAGCACAGCUGUGCUGCAAAGCGAAGAGUUCUACUUUUAAUCGCAAAGCUCGGUGUACUCAUGUACCAAGUCCAUUGGUCCAUCUUUGAGGAAAGAUCGGUGCUUAAAAGAAAUGGCACAUGCAUUUGAUAUGCGCAAGCCAUACUUUUAAUUGUCUGUCAAAACUAUUCUGUGCAUGAGGCACUGGAACA